AUGUCCACUAUGGAAGAGCCAGUAUCCCCCGGUUCGCACCCGUUGAACCACGAUUCAAUGGUCACCGUCUCUCUAUCCGAUAUCCAGUCCAGUUCCGAACAUACACAACCCGAUUGGCGCAACCUCGACAUUCCUCCCACGCCAGUGGAGGCAAGCCACAUGGAGGAGAGCGACUCUUUUGGCCCGGAAAUCCAGGACGGAAGGACAACCCCCAUCCCCGAGGACAGUAUGCCGACACCUGACGCAAACGGAGACAAACAAUUGGAGGAAGGAUUUAACGACGUGAAUUGGGAGAAUCUGGACAAGACUGAAGAGCAAGAACCGCGCGGGGAAGGGUCCGACGAUUCCACCGCCCUCCUCCUCGCUCGACUCGAACAAGAGAACAACGCGUUAGCAACGAACCCCAAAUCAGGCAUUACCAAUGUUCCACACAAGACGCAUCAGCGGCAAUCCCGCUCCGAGUCGCUGCACCAGAUCAAGCGGCUCAUCAAGGACCCAACGCGUGCUGAGCUGCGAUAUUCCCAGCUGCCUCCUCCCCCGAUGACCGAGUUGGAAUUCUGGGCUGCUUUGGUGGCUGAUUACCAUCAGACGGCUCAGCGCUUGCCGACUUUGACUUCGAAUAAGAUCCAAGGAGGUGUUCCCCCACCACUGCGAGGAGUGGUAUGGCCGAGCCUAGCAGGUGCUCGCGACCCGAACCUUUUGGAAGAGUUCCAGCGACUACAAGGAGAAAGUAGUCCGUACGAUGGGCUGAUCGGCAAGGACAUUGGUCGCAGCUUCCCCAACGUGGAGAUGUUCCGCGAUCCCAAUGGCGAGGGCCAGCAGAUGCUUGCCCGAGUAUUGAGAUGUUUCAGUCUUUAUGAUACUAAGAUUGGUUAUUGCCAAGGGCUUGGAUUUGUGGUUGGCCCUCUGCUCAUGCAUAUGACAGAUGCUGAGGCCUUUUGUGUUUUGGUCCGUCUCAUGGACCACUAUAACCUCCGAACAUGUUACCUUCCCGAUCUCUCUGGUCUUCAUCUUCAUGUCUACCAAUUCCAGAAUCUCCUCGCGCGUCAUCGACCUGGUCUCUUUGAACACCUGGAAGCACUGCAUGUUGAGCCGGUCUACGUAUCACAGUGGUUCUUGUCAUUCUUCGCGGUGGCAUGUCCACUACCAAUGCUCCUCCGAAUUUACGACGUCAUCUUCCUGGAAGGUGCUUGUGAGACUCUCAUGCGAGUUGCGCUUUCUUUGAUGCAGCGUAACGAGAAGAGAAUCCUCGCUUGCACCGAGUUCGAGGAUGUGAUGCAAUUGCUAUUGUCUCGAAGCUUGUGGGACACAUACGCGUUCAAUGCAGAUGACUUGGUCAACGACUUUGUUUCUCUCACUUCUCUCGUGACAAACGAGAGCCUUCAAACUCUUGAGGCCAGUUACAACCAGUCCCAGGGCAACCCCACUGGAAUCUCCUUCCCCCAAAUGCAGGCCACAGCUUCUGGAUUCCUUGGGCGACUAUGGGCUGGCUCUUCCAACUCUCACCAAUCAGUCAAAUCACUCAACCCGAACUCGAGUCCGACACGUCCUAACAGUACCAUUCGUCGCUCCACCUCUAAACAAAGCCUCACCUCCACUCUUAACUCGGUCGAGACUACCUCUGACGCAAGUACUGCUCCUACUGAGCUUUCAACUGCUACAACAGGCACUGAUGGCAAAUCGCGUGUCAAAUCCAACAUGUCCUCACAUCACAAGGACCGCGACCUUCAUACUCAGAUUGAAGACCUGUUAAUGGCACUAAGCGAUUUACAACGCCAACAAGCCGAUUUGACACGUGAAUUACAACAGGAGAGAGAGGACCGUGAAGAAGAUCAUGCCCUGGCCAAGGAAAUGUUGAGUCUCAUUCAAGAGAUGCCGGCUGAAACGCCGACAGAACUUAUCAACAAGGCCAAGACACGCUUCGAACCUAGCGUGCCAAGGCGUAUUUCCAUCACCCAAACGAAGCUCCAACUAAAUGACGAUGUCACCCGAUGGAAGGAAAUGCACGAGGUGGAAGCCGGCCGUUGCUUGGACCUGACCCGUCGCAUCGACGACUUCGAAAAAGAGAACUCGUCCUUGAAAGAACAAUUACGAGAAGCCCGAGGCCGGAUUCAGGAUGGCUAUCGCGAUCGACAGCGACUCGAGCGCAUGAACCGGGAACUACGCACCCUCAAAACACCCACCGCAGCUUCCACGACACCACCAGAUACGUCUCCUACUGACUAUGGAGAGGCACACUCCCCGACGAAUGGCCUGCGUGAGCUCAAGCUCACCCGCACCAACUCCACGAAGAGCCCAACCUACAGCAAACGAUCCAGUAGCCUGGGUCUUCAAAAGGUGCUGGCAACCGAAAACAACGGACCGGCCGGCGAAGAGGCCUUGCUCAUGGAGUUAGUCACGUCCAAGACAGCGGAGGCAGUUGCGAAGCAGGAGCUUGAAGAAGUGAAGAGCAAGCUGGAGUCAUUAAAAAAGAUGAUCACCCCAGCCCAGGCGGCGAAGUUAGAGCAUCGCCAGUCCUUCAUUGGACUUUCACCGUCACGAAUGAGCAUCUCUAAAGCGGCCACCGAACCAGCAAAGCAAGUGAUGACACCCCCUGUUGCCAACACCGGUGGAGGGGGCUUUUUCAGUGGAUGGGGCCGACGGGCCAACAAUGAAGCCCCGCGCCGUUUUGCUGCUGCUGCUGCGCUUUUGCUGCUUGUGUUUUUGAUUGUGCCUUACUAUAGAGAGCAGGGUAUUGCUAUCGUGCCAUUACGCGCCCAAUUGAUUGAACCUAUAGAGAUUCCUGUUGAGCCGUUUCCAAGCGAUUAUGCCAGCCAGCAGCCUAUUAAUUCAUCGCGGGUCAUUAAUGACCCCUAUCCGGACUAUGAUAGUCCGCAAUGGAUCUCUGCGUCGAAAGGAGCGUAUCAGCCUUGCACUGGGCCCCACGGCCGACUCCUCAGCCGUAAAGAUGAAGAUACCAUGAUGAGUGGUUACCACUGGAAUACAUCAGAUUUCCCUACGCCCAUUUUCGGAUCGUACGAGGCAUGGAAUCUCGAUCGGAGCCUUUGCGCCGAUCGCUAUUCCCGAUAUAGUCCUUAUGGAUAUACGGAAAGAAAUAAGACGUCCCGAACGCACGAUUGGCAUAGUCGAUCAUUUCGAUCUGGCGAAGCGGCCGAGAUCGACUGGCAGCACGUCGACUGGGCCCAAUUACAGCAAGAAUGUCUGCAGCGCAAUGCCCUUCGGUAUAGUACGACUGAGCCCAAUAACAAGACUAUUUGGGGUCUUUACAAGUCUCUCGAUCCGGCGAUGCAGCAGACGACCCUUGCGGAAUCAUCUCUGAAGCACUUGGAGGAAUCACGAAAAGCUGCUCAGCCGAAACCAGAGCCUCGCACGGCUGUUAUUUUGCGCUCGUGGAUUGGGAUGCAGUAUACUGAGAAUGAUUUGUUCAACAUUCGAUCGAUGAUCAUGGAGCUGUCUCUCUACUCGGGCGGAGAGUAUGAGGUGGUUCUUCUGGUAGACUGUCAAGACAAGGACUUACCCAACAAGGGCGAUCAUGCCGCCUGGACCGCAUUCAAAGAGAAUCAUUUGCCCCAAGAACUGCGAGGUUUGGCAGUCUUCUUCAAUGACAAAAUGCUCCAGGACUGGUAUCCCGACAUUGAUGUCCAUGUAGCGAUAUUGCAGUACUUCCAGCCCACACAGAUCUUCUCCCAGCUGCACCCCCAGUACGAUUACAUCUGGCAGUUUGAAAUGGAUGCACGGUAUACUGGCAAUAUGUACGACCUCUUGCACCAGGCAACCGAGUUUGCCAAAAAACAACCUCGGAAGUAUCUGUGGGAACGUAACUCCUACUUCUAUAUGCCAGCCGUGCACGGCACCUGGGAAGACUUCAACAAAAAGAUAGAUCUGGAAAUGCCCGGCCAUGACAGUGUCUGGGGCCCUCACCCUGCCAAGGGAAUCGAAAUCGAUGGGCAGGCUCCUUUGCCGCCUUAUCCCCACCCAGAAGAGGAGUCCGGCAUAUGGGGCGUAGGUGAAGAAGCCGAACUCAUCACUUGGCUGCCCCAUUUCGAUCCGACUGGGACAGACUGGCCCUUCCGAGACCGGGUCUUCAAUUUCCCUCAGGAGCAAGAGACACCUCGUCGAGCCGCUGUUGUUGCUAUGUCCCGUGUAUCUGCGCGACUACUUCGCGUUUUGCAUCAGGAUAAGGUGAGACUGGGAGUUGGGCUCGCUUCUGAGAUGUCGCCUAUCUCUUGGGCUUUGUAUUAUGGUCUCAAGGCUGUACAGAUCCCUCAUCCGAUAUACCAUGAGGACCGAUGGGACGCACCGCAAUUGAACUACCGUGCCAAUCCGGGUGAGCCUGGAAAAGUUAACGCUGGGAUCGACAGUAUCUGGAGCUGGGACAGGCAUAACGACAUCAUUUACAAUACGACCUUUAUGUUCAACUCGAGGUUUUCAGAGAAGUUGUAUAGAGCCUGGAUGGGCUUUGAUGGCGCUGAAGAGUGGGAAAAAGAGAACAGUCGACUCUGUCUUCCCCCUAUUUUCCUACAUCCCGUCAAGAACCUGCAAGCAAAAGGCAAAGCGGGAUAA